AUGGGGUUCUUUGUGCUGUUCUUGCUGCCUUUUGCGGACGGUGCACGAUUUGGCGUGUACCAGGAGGCAUAUCCAUGGCCAAAGGUCUCUCUAGCAUUUGACUCUGUUCAUGUUUUCACGGAUGCAAAGCAGAAGGGAUGGCUCAUGAAAGAGACUGGCUGCGCAUUCGCAGGCACUGACGUUUGGCAUACCUGCACUUUACCUGGUGGGCAAGCCGCUGAGGGACCUUCAAGUGCCACAAUACCACAGCUUCUUACAAUGCGUGUGGACUGUCGUGAGAGUGAAGUUCCCUUCACGCAGCUCACAGUCCAGGACACCGACAUCGGGUAUUACCAUCAUCGCUGUGCCCGGGUAACCUACACCAAGUAUUAUCUUGCGGAGCCUUUGGACUCUUUGCCCGUGGUGACUGCAGAAGGUCAGCAGGGUUGGUCCUUCACGGUUGAAAAAGGGGCAGUCUUUGAUCUUCACUGCGCUGUGCUUCCCUUUCGUGAAACUGGUGACGGCUUCAUACUUGGCGAUGAUCAUCUCAUAGACAGCUCGUAUAUCUAUCCGUUUGAGCCUGAGCUCAAAUUGGAUGGCAAGACCAUCGGCUAUCCCGCCUUCUCGAGACUGAGAUCCUUCGUGUCCACUCUCAGAGGAAAACAUGAGAGUGAGAGAUGGGUGUCCUGUGAACUGGCUUUGUCAAAGGCCUACAAGUGGACCAUGCAACUGGUCAACUCCACUCAGAAUCUGCAUGUCUUUCGCUUGUCCAGUCCGAAUUAUGGACUUCCGAGUCUCUUUCAGCCACCUGAUGGCUUCAAGUCUUCCAGUGCCUUGCUGUUCAGUGUAUCUGGAAACUUUUUCGAGGCUGAGGUUCUCCGUGGCACUUCCAUCCCUGGCGGUGUGUCUUUGAAGGAGAAGCUCUUCCCAGAUUUUUAUGCAACAGAAGGGACGGACCAACACAUUGCGGCCUACUUCAAGUUUGAGCCCGACAUAUCUAUGUUACCCAAAAGCACCAGCGGUGUGAAUCUGACAGUUGGCCUCUGGUACAAAGGCAACAAAUACCAGACCAUACAAGAUGACAGAAAGGAAACAAGGUCUCCGGAUCUAGAAUUUACUUUUGUGCUUCCUGUGAAAGAUCCAGGCUCUGCGCUUUCAGCCAGCACGGGCGGCACAGGCGGCACACCCUGGUGGUUUUGGGUACUUUCGAUCAUCAUCGUGAGCUUUGCGGCUGCCAUGGCCUACAUCUUCAGAGAUCGCUGCCGGGGCUCGGCCAGGGCGGCCCAGACGGCCCAGGCUCACAGCUGA